AUGAGCGAGGACCAAGCGCAAGGCGUUGAAGCGCCCAGCCAGGUAGCGUCCACCUCAUACCAGCCACGUCCUGCGCGCAAGCAGGUCACACAGGCCAAGUUCAACGCUAUCCGAGAAGCAUUCAGCGCCAGACCCGAAUCGGCAGGCACCUUCAACAUCUGGUACGAGAACUAUGCCGGCGUCGACAGAGAGGAGAACGAAGCUCAAAAGGCAAAGCGAGAGACAAGAUGUGACAUCGCAAGAGACUCUGGCUACACCAAAGCAGACAUCACUCUCAAAACCCAAGCAGCCCGGAUGCAGCAGGGCGCCGCCAUCAGUCCCGACGAGGCGGUCUACUGCUGUAUCCAUUUCGCACGUGGUUGCUGCCCGCAUGGUGUCGAGUGCAACUUCCUUCAUCGAUUACCCCGCCCCAAUGACUUUCCCAGUCAAGGCCGCGACUGCUUUGGUCGAGAGAAGCUCGGCAACUACAAGGACGACAUGAGCGGCACCGGGUCCCUCUCAAAGAUCAACCGCACCUUAUACGUUGGUCGCAUCCACGAAGAGCACGGAGUCUCAGCACCAACCUCGACCAACACGGCAUGGCGUGAUGGCGGCAAGACACUCAAAGGAGGCCGUAGCGUCAACGACGCCAAGAAACACAAUGGCCCACGCCAGCGACAAGACCCCAAAACUUAUCGACCGCAGCAUAACUCGGUUCGCCCCGAUACCGAUAACGCCACGGAGCGGGUAGUGCGCCGCCAUUUCAGCGAGUGGGGAGAGAUCGACCGCCUGCGUGUGCUUAUCGGCCGAUCGUGUGCCUUUGUCACGUACAAGUACGAAGCCAACGCGCAGUUUGCAAAGGAAGCCAUGCUCAACCAGUCGCUCGACCACAACGAAAUCAUCAACGUACGCUGGGCCUCGGACGAUCCCAAUCCAGCUGCGCAGAAGCGCAACCAGGAGCAGAUGCGUCGCGCAGGUGAGCGAGCUAUCAUGGCGGGUAUGUCGACGCAAGCCAUCGAAGCUCAGCAAGCAUUGCGCGCACUCGAGGCGCUGGAGCAUCCUACAGCUCAUGACGACCACGAUGCUGCUGGAAAACGUCGCAGAAUCACACAGCAGGCGACGGACGAGGAGGAGGAGCUGCGCAGGCUCGAAGAGGAGAACGAACGUGGAUGGGCCGAGUUGGCGCGAGAGAGGCAAGCUGCAUUGGCUGCUGCUGCACAGGCCCAAGCACAGGCACCAUCAAGUCAAGCUCAAGCCGCGUCCCCUGUCCGCAAUGCCAACGGAUCGCUGCUCAACUCAGAAACCAUGUCCAACCUGGCUUCUCUGCAAACGCUUCGUCCCAAGCAAAAUACCCAACCACCUGCCGCUUCGAACGGCCUUGGCAGUCUGGCAGCGUACGGCAGCGAUAACGAAGACGACAGCUGA